AUUCGCGGGAUAGUGCUUAGAACGUCGAGUAGUACGCUCUUGCGGGUGCUUUCAUUGUUACAUUGCAACAAAGUGAGCAGAGCAGCCCACCGGGACCCGGUGUAAAUAUUCAACAAAUGAUAGAGGAGGAGUCGGUGUACGAUAAAAGGGAUGUGGACCGAGAGCAGAGUUUUGGAGUUCUCACUUUUCACCUCAGAGAACGUUUGCUUGAAGUCCUGCAGCUUUAUUAUGAAGAGAGAUCUCUCAUAACAGGAUUUGGGCAUUAUCGGGCGGAUUAUGAGUGAUCAUCCGUGCAAAGUGACGCGAGAUUGACUUAGUUCUCUGCGAAAUUCCUGAAGGGAUUUAUUUUUGUUCUUUUUCUCCUUCACUUGCAUGUUAUAAAGUAGUUCUCGGGGAAACGUGUCUGCAUCCUCUCCCUGUAGGAUGCACUCGGAAAGCGAUGAAAACACGGUUAGUGGGACGCCCGGCUCGGAGGACCCGCAGGCUGAGGAGUCCUCCACCCCUGCGGAGGAGUUCGAGGAGCGCAAACUGGCUCCGGAGGACAGCACCGUGCAGCUUAUACACACCGGCUGCACUGACAAGCGUCCGUCCACGCCGCCUGGCGCUCACCCUGAACAAGGCUUCGUUCCCCCGGAGGGGGGCUUCGGCUGGGUCGUGGUGUUUGCUGCUACAUGGUGCAACGGCUCGAUUUUCGGCAUCCAGAACUCAUUCGGGAUUCUGCACAUGAUGCUGGUGAAGCACCACGAGGAGCUGACUGACCAGGCGUCUCAGUUUAAAGUGGCUUGGGUUGGUGCGCUGGCGAUGGGCAUGAUCUUCUUCUGUUCUCCUGUGGUCAGCAUGUUCACCGAUCACUUCGGAUGCCGGAAGACAGCCGUGUGUGGAGCAUUUGUGGCCUUCAUCGGUCUUCUCACCAGCUCCUUCGCCACGACUCUUGGUCUCUGGUACUUUACAUACGGGAUUCUCUUUGGCUGCGGCUCCUCAUUUGCAUUCCAGCCGUCUCUGGUGAUCCUGGGUCAUUAUUUUCGCCAGCGUCUGGGUUUGGCGAAUGGUGUGGUGACGGCGGGCAGUAGUCUGUUCUCCAUGGGGCUGCCGGUGCUGCUGAAGAAGGUUGUGGAGCCACUUGGUUUGCCCAGAACCUUCCAGAUCCUCAGUAUCUUCAUGCUGGUGCAGGCGCUGCUGGCCCUGGCCUUCAGACCGCUCCUGCCCAGCGGCAUGUGCCCGAUGCCUGGCAUGGCAGUGGACGGAGGACCCUUGACUCCAGAGUCUGCCAGCAGGUGGCAGAAGGGUCUGGCCAAAAUCAGGAGGUACUUCAACGUGCGGGUGUUCAGCAUUCUGACGUACCGCGUCUGGGCCUUCGGUGUCGCCACUGCUGUGCUCGGAUACUUCGUGCCCUAUGUUCACCUGAUGAACUUCGUGAAGGAGCAGUUUGGAGACACUCAGAGGGAAUGGCUGCUGCUGGUGUGCAUCGGAGCCUCGUCUGGAGUCGGUCGACUGCUGUUCGGAAAGAUCGGAGACCUCAUACCUGGAGUCAAGAAGAUCUACAUGCAGGUGGCCUCCUUCAUAUUGCUGGGCCUGAUGUCCAUGAUGAUUCCUCAGUGUGCCGUAUUUGAGGGUCUGGUGGUGGUUUUCGUGCUGAUGGGUCUUUGCGACGGCUGUUUCAUCACGAUCAUGGCCCCCAUCGCCUUCGAGCUGGUUGGACCCAUGCAGGCGUCCCAGGCCAUCGGGUACCUGCUGGGACUCAUGGCCAUACCCAUGACUGCAGGACCACCCAUCGCAGGCCUUCUUCAUGAUCACUUCGGGAACUACCACGUGGCGUUUUACCUGGCCGGCGUCCCUCCGAUCGUGGGGGGAAUCGUGAUGUUUUUCGUGCCUCUGGUCCACCAGCGAAUGCAGAAACGGAGGAAAGAGACCGACGAUCCCAGCAUGGACAAAAUGCUGAAGAACUGCUCUAAUGGAGACAUGCUGCCCGGAUACACAGACAUGGAGACACACAUAUGAAGCCCUCAAACACACACACACACGCACAAAGGGAUUCAUCUCAGCAGCAUGGCUAGUGUGUGUGUGUGUGUCCAAUGUGUGUGUGUUUCUCCUUUCUGCUGCUUGGCUCUAAUUAGUCUGGAAGUCUGAAGGCUUUUCCCUCUGCUCAACAUGAUCAUCUAUCAAGAGCUCGAACUCUUCAAAACUCCCCAAAUGCCGAGUCUGAACGCAGAGCUCAGGUAGAGCCCAACUAUCAAUUAAAACAGGACAACGGCACCUUUAAUGGAAAAAUAACCUUCAUUACUUUGAUGUUUUUAUAAGCUUGAUGGGCGUUUGUUUCUAUUUCCUUUUUAGAUUAUGCAAAUCAGAUUUGUAUGCUUUAGAUGUUUCCAGAAUAGGAUUUUAAAAAAACAUUAGGCAUAACGCAAGACCUUUGGAGAGAUUUCGGAACCUUUUAUGAGACAAAUCCAUCUCUGUGCACUUUCUGCUAUUGACUUGGAUGACCUCAGCCGUGAUUUCUCUGAUCAUAACGCAGCACAUAUCGCUUAUGUAGAAAGGAAAACUAAAUGAGGAAUCUUUUGUAUGAUUUUCUUUUUUAAUAAUGAUAUCUGCUUAAUUUAGUUAAGUAAUCAGCUAUGCAGUAGGGAGUUCACAAACUGUGCCAUGACCAUUGAGCCAGAUAUGAAAACUAAAGGAAUUGAUAUUCAUAAACAGGGAGAAUCUCAUGAAAAAAACACCAAAAACGUAAAAUUACAUUUUGCAUUUUUUUCUUUUGCAUUUUGUGAGAAAAAUGCAGGAACAGUUUUCACCAUCACAAAAAACUAAAUCCAAAUUCAUACUGUAGAAAUUAAAUUACAGUAAAAUACUGUACAAUUAAAAUGAUUAAUUAUUGCUGUUUUACAAUAUCAUUCAGUUUUAUGCACAUUUUCUACCAAAACUCUCAAGAAUAGUUUUCAGCAUCACUAAAAAAAGCCCAAAUCCAGAUUCUUAUUGUAAAAACUAAAAUACAGUACAAUACUGUAAAAAAUUAUGAUAAAUUACUGUAGUGUUCAUUCAGUUUUAUGCAUGUUUACUAGCAAAAUUCACAAGAGGAGUUUUCAUCAUCAAUAAAAAACCCAAAAUCUAGAU